UUCCGUCUUUUUACAGUACUUUAUAAAUGAAAUUGAUCUUCAAAUAACCACCUUUUACGUUUUAUUUGGGCCUCCACUAAAUAUCAGUAAAUAUCUGAUGGUUCAUUCAAAGUAUCCUGUUGAUGGUUUCCAGCAUAUACAUUUUUUAAAUGGAGCGGGAUACUACUGAUACCUCUUAGGAACUUCUGAAACCGGUUAUACAUGACUACUACUCAGUCUAAUAAUAUCCAACAUAACAAUGGCUUGAUGACGAUGAAAAAUGGAGCGCCGGCCAUCUCUCAUCCUUCUGUUGAUACGAAGAGAGCCUUCACUUGCCUCGCAGACCUCAGCCCCUGGUCAUCUGAGUCACCCCUGCCACGGGAGAUCACAAAUGUGCCCAAUGAGUUGCUGGAGAAGUACCCCCACACGAAGAGAGUGGGCAACUAUUUGCUCGGCAAGACGCUAGGGGAGGGGUCAUUUGCAAAAGUGAGAGAAGGACUGCAUACUGUCACGGGCGAAAAAGUGGCCAUCAAAGUGAUUGACAAGCGACGCGCCAAAGAGGACUCGUAUGUGCAUCGGAACCUCCGACGAGAGGGCAGGAUCCUGCAGUUAGUGAGACACCCCUGCAUCAUUCACUUGUACGACAUCCUGGAGACAGAGAACAGCUACUACCUGGUGAUGGAGUUGAGCACUGGGGGAGACAUGAUGGAGUAUUUGAAGUUGAGAAAGAGUCUGCCUGAGAAGGAGACGAGGAAGUAUAUCAGACAGAUAGUGUCUGCUGUGGAUCAUCUGCACCGAGCCGGUAUACUCCACAGGGAUCUGAAGGUGGAAAACGUGUUGCUGGAUGAAAAGAAAAAUAUCAAAUUGAUAGGUGAGAGUCUUUAUUUCUGA